AUGCAUCUCCUAUCUUUUGUUCUGCCCCUAGCUGGGCUAUCGCAAGCUUCUCCACUUGUCUUUCCCCAUCAAAACCCCGUACCGUCUCUAAGAAACUCGACUGCUCAUACGUCCGCAAAUACAUCACGCUUAGCCGCAGCAGCAUCUUCCAACUGGUGGUAUGCAAACAUCGAUCAUACCACCGGUGCUGUCCGCGACUAUGCCCCAGGUGUAGGCGACUCCAACUAUCCGAUAUACAAGUCCGUCAGCAACGUCAACGAUCUCUACAAUGCAAUUCUGUCCGACGGACCCAAUGGCAGUCAAAGACCAUCGGCGCUGGGCGACCAGGAGCCAGGCAACAUCAUCUCCAAUGACUACCUUGCCGCAUUGCCGAGAGUUGUGUAUAUCGCACCUGGAACUUAUGUUCUAAACCGCAAGCUUGCUCUCACAGGUGACACCAUCCUAAUUGGCGACGCUGCGAACCCGCCUGUGUUGAAGGCCUCAUCAGGCUUUGGUGACCCCUAUGUCAUCCAAGGAGGCUCCGGCAUCACUGGCCCCAACGACAACGGUGGCCACGGAGAGCUUCGCUUUUCUAGAGUCAUCAAGAACGUCAUCAUCGACACAACGCAAGCGACUGGCAACUCGGACUUGAUCGCACUCGAAUGGGGCGUAGCACAGAACUGUGCCUUGGUCAACGUUCAGAUUAACAUGCCUCCACAGAAACAUACUGGUCUGUACGUCGGUCAAGGCUCGACUGUCCAAGUCGCAGAUGUGGGCUUCAGUUAUGGUACCACUGGUGUCCGGAUCCGAAACCAACAGGUCACGCUCAAGAAUUUGAAGUUCGACAAGACGACUAAUGCUAUCGAGGUGGCUGGCGGCUUCGCUAUCAACGUUUUGAACCCUUCAUUCGAUACUGUCGGCGUUUGCGUCAAGCAAACGAAUGGAUCUCCUUGGCUGUCUAUUGUCGAUGCGACUAUUACCAACUCUGGAACUCUUCUACAAACGACCGGAAAUGCAAAUUUCUUGCUCGAGAAUGUCAAUCGGGACAACAAUAAUGCCAUGGCCACUCUGGACGGCAAGACUCUCGUCGGUGGCACCCAGAAAGUUGGCCACUAUGUCUAUGGCAACACGUAUGGCGCCAAUCCGGCCCACAAGACCGACAACCAGCCAUCAGCGGAUCGUCGUCCCUCAUCUCUGCUGGUCAACGGCAAGUAUGCUUCAGUGACGCCGAACCAGCACACAGACAAAUCCUCAGCGGACGUUCUCAACCUCAAAGAUUCCACUCAAAAUGGGGGCUUCACAGUCCGCGGAGACGCCAACAACAUCGACGGACCAGGUCUACAGAGUGGUCUGAACAAAGCUGCUUCCGCUGGCAAAAUCGCAUACCUGCCAUUCGGUGUGUAUCGUGUCGACCAAACACUCACAAUCCCACCUGGAACGAUUCUCUUUGGCAACGGUUGGUCCACAAUCCAAGGCGUUGGCAACAGCUUCAAAGAGGAGAGUAAUCCUCGGCCAGUCGUGCAAGUUGGUGCUCCAGGAUCUACGGGAACAGCUGAGAUCCAUGACAUCCACGUUAAUGCUGGCGAGCAACUUCCUGGUGCAAUUCUUGUCCAGGUGAACAUGGCUGGCGCUCCAGGAGAUGUUGUCAUCCAUAACUCCCUCAUCACUCUAGGUGGAACACUCAAUACUGGACUGAGCUGUGGCGGCAAGAAUAAUUGUGCAGCCGCAUACCUCGGCCUCCACCUUUCCUCCACCUCUUCCGCCUACAUCAACAAUGCUUGGGUCUGGGUCGCCGAUCAUGCCGUCGACCACGCCAACGUGGGCACAGAUACCGCCGGCAAAGGCGGCGUUCUCGUGGAAGCAACCAAAGGAACAUGGCUCACUGGCCUAGGCAGCGAACACUGGUGGUACUACAACCUAGGCUACAACAAAGCCUCCAACGUCUUCGUCUCUAUGCUCCAAUCCGAGACCAACUACCAAGAAGGCAACUCCCAAAACGGCUCCGGUGCUCCAAGCGACCCUCCACCAGGACCUUUCACUCCCACAAGUUCUGACCCCAGCUGGGAUCACUGCAACAAUGCUCCUGCUGUCUGCCGCAUGACGAUGAAUCAGUGGUUCAAAGGCGGAAGCAAUAUCGUUAGCUAUGCGAGUGCGAGCUGGAAUUUUGGAGAUGGUAAUGUUCAGGCGAAUGUUAAUGUUAUUGAACAGACGCCUAGCAAUUUGCAGUUGUAUGGGUUGUGUGCUGGGCCGAGUACGAAUUAUGCUAUGAGACUUCCUAAUGGGACAAGGUUUGGGAGGCCGCAGGAUGGGUUUAAUGGGAGUUGGCAGACUCUUGUUGCGGAGGCUUACUUUAAGUGA